GUUAUCAUCAUCGGAUCUGGAAGUUGCCAGUGGGCCAACGAUCUUAUAGAGUGCGACCCGGGCUUCUUCCCGUGUGGAAACAGCACCGAAUGUGUGGCUCAGCAAUUCCAGUGCGACGACAUUGCACAUUGUCAAAAUGCUGCCGACGAAAUGGGAUGUGCUAUUGAUGACGGUUGGGUUGCCCACUUUGAUUACGUUCAUCCUGUGCCGGUUGGAGAAAACAGAGCCCUCAACGAAUGCGCCCUGGCUUACUAUCCCAAAGGUUGCAACUGCAGCAAAUUAACACAACUCGAUUGCUCCAAACUGAACUUAAAAGAAGUGCCAUCCAACUUACCAGACAAUGUGACAAGACUAUACCUGAAAUCAAACAACAUCGUUAACAUCGGGAGUGAACUAUUUGACGACUUUUCAUCACUUAUAUACUUGAAUCUGAUGAGAAACAGAAUAUACGAAAUAAAGGCGAAUUCUUUCAGGAACCUUCGUAUCCUCACACGUCUCUUUCUUUCAGAGAAUAACAUAUCACGAAUAGACACUGGAGCUUUUAAUGGACUAAGCGGAUUGCACUGGCUAUUUCUGAACGACAACAAAAUGCAGACCCUGGAACCUGGCAUUUUUCUAGGAUUAGAAGAUCUAUAUUGGCUAGAUCUGCGCAACAAUGAAAUUAGAGAUCUGCAGGAAGGAGAAUGUCUCAACGAUCUCAAGUCACUUGUAUGGCUUGACCUUGAAGGAAACGACAUAAUGAGUCUUAAUGCAAGAUCCUUUGCUGGCAACACAUCUCUCACAGUUUUAAUAUUGAGAAAUAACAGCAUAAAAUCGAUGGAAAAUAAUUCAUUUGCCUCGCUUGGAACCCUGGUGGAAUUAGAUCUUUCUCACAAUCAGAUUUCACAUUUACCCGACGGGAUUUUCGAUGGACUGCAUUCUCUGGAGAUUCUGAGACUGAGGAAUAACCCCUUGUUUUCCCUUCCUGUUGAUGUGUUCCGAGGUUUGGAGAACCUUGUUGACUUAGACCUUGCAGAAGUUCUCAUCGGAAAUAUCAACGUUAAUAUGUUCAAGGGCCUCGGCAGACUUGAGAAAGUCGCUUUCUCAAAGUUUGAGUACUGUCGCUACGCCCCUCACGUUAGAACCUGUACCCCUCGAUCUGACGGAAUCUCGUCGUUUGAAAAUCUCCUGAAGAACGUGAUUCUACGAGUUUUUGUGUGGACGAUAGGUAUCAUCACAAGCGUGGGUAAUCUAGGCGUCUUGGUCAGCCGUGCUUUCAUGAAGGCUGAAAACAAAGUACAUACGGUGGUCGUCAUUAAUCUAUGCACUGCCGAUUUCCUGAUGGGAAUAUACUUGCUAAUCAUUGGAACUCAUGAUGUGAAAUACCGAGAUAACUACAACCAACACGCGCUGGAAUGGACCAACGGUGUGACGUGCAAAGUUUCCGGUCUCCUCGCCAUGAUCUCCAGUGAAGUCUCGGUCCUGACACUCAUGUUUAUAUCCCUUGAGCGCUACUUCAUCAUAGUCUACCCGUACAGCUUCCAAAGGAUCAAGACGAGAAGGGCGAUCAUGGUGUUGGCCUGUAUAUGGUUUUUUGGAACACUACUUGCAGUCGUUCCGAUUAUUCCUGUGGAAUACUUUGGGAACUUUUAUGGAAGCAACGGCGUUUGCUUCCCGCUUCAUCUACAUGAGCCGAGGCUAAGAGGUUGGGAGUACUCGGUUGUCGUGUUCUUAGGUAUCAACACGACUGCAUUCAUAGCCAUUGUCCUUUCGUAUACAGGUAUGUUUCUCAGCAUUCGAAGGACACGCCGCGCUGCAGCACAGUGCGGAAUGAAAGGGGAUAUGACAUACGCCAAGCGUUUCUUCUUUGUCAUCCUGACCGAUUCUCUAUGCUGGUUGCCGAUUGCUAUACUGAAAGUCAUGUCACUUUGCAACUUCAUUAUAUCUGAAACCCUUUACGGUUGGAUAAUAGUUUUCGUCCUACCUAUCAACAGCGCCCUAAAUCCAAUACUCUAUACACUCAGCACUACGUCAUUUGCCGUGUGGUUCAUGCGUCAAUUAAAGAGAGGUAAAUUGCACACAUCUGGCUGUUACAACGGCAGAAAAGUUGACAUGUCAGAAUCAAGAGGUCGCAUCGAAGAAUCUGGCUCUUUCACGUCGUAUUCAAACCUGGCAAAGCGUGCAUCAAUAUUAUCAAUUCACCCUAAAAAGCACACCAAGUCACCGGACGAGGCAAUCUCCGCUGUUUCGAACAGCAUUGCAUCAAGAUCGACCAUCAUACCAUCGACAUGUAGAUCAACGAUAGCCAUGACUAACAUCUCAAGGCCGCUGGACACUGUAGACGAAGGAGAGAAUAGUUCUGACAGUUCUCACCAAAGACCCGAGAGAACUCAAUUCCGACGAACUCCGAUUGUUCUCUUAUGCGACCUUAUGGAAUGA